UGCAACAGGCCUCCAUCUCACUAAUGCCAUCCUCUUGCAUGUCGAGGUCUUCAAGACUUCACGGUUGGUGCUUGCGCAAUCGCCAGCUCUUUUUGGACUCGCAAAAGAUACUAGUUGCCAGUCUCCUGCAGGCAUUGUCAUACAAGAAAUCGGCCUCGACUGCACUCAUCCGGAUCUGUGCCUGAGACAUCUUCGAUAAUGUUCUCUGUCCACGAAAGAGGAGGCUCGUUUUGCUUUUCACUUCUAUGUAUAAACGUUUUAACAAAGGACGUGUUUCUGUGGUACGGGGACGACAUAGCCGUCGUCACUGUUAUCACCUCUUCCAUCUCUUUUCAUUCUCAUUCUCGAAAGUUCAUCGUCAUCUUCUUUCCAGCGAGGCGCUUAUGGCGUACAGUUUACCAGUUCGGCGUGCCAACAAAAAAAAGACGAAACCAAAAAUGAAGCCUGGAAGGGAGGGUUAUUUGGGAUAUGCAGAUGGAGAGGUCUUUCAAAAAAUCUUAGGUAUGAUUGGUUUGAAUUUUCACAUGCCUGUUUUCCUGGAAUCUCUGGGAGGUUCCUGUUUCUACAUACCAAAAAAUUUCAUAUCUCCAAUUAUUAUUAUUUUUAUGAUAAUUCUCUCGAGUGUAUACACUCUCCAAGGGUCUCUUCUCCAAAUAUUUGCUCUCCAAGUGUCUCCUCUCACGUGUCCCCUCUCCAAAUGCUUUUCGCUUCAAAAUGUCUUUCCGAAUUCGACAAUUUCAUGUGAUCCUUGGUCCUCACUGACUCGUUUAACCGAAUGGAAUCGAUUUCAGUCACGCACGAUCUUGCCACUUGGGGGUAAUGCAUGGGCUUGGAAGGAAGCAGAGAGCUCCAAGGGUCCGAGGGUCCUCUCUGAAGGAUUCACAUUGGCGUGGUGUGGCUGCACUUUCCCUUGGCUUUUCGGGCCCCCUUGACAGGUGUCACACAACCAAUCAACAAUCAUGUCAGCUGUUCUGCAAGUUUUCUGCAAGUCCCACGAGUUUCAUAACGGCUCUGAAGUUCUGGA